CUCCAACUCUCCUCAUGCCGCCCGCCCAAACCAUGACUCGGUCCGCCAAGGUCCUCUUCGCAUCCCAGAAAGGCUGAUCACUUGUCUCACUUGGUCUCCCGCAGACCUUUUGCCUGCACAAUGGCAGCGCGUUCGGCCCUCGCCCGAUUUCCGCUCGCAAAGAGCAUCGCGAAAUGCUUCCCCGGCCACCUCAAACGGAGGAACACGAGGAAACCGGAUAUUGUUAGCGAAGAGCUAUGUGAUCAUACUCUGCAGCGCCUGUCCCCAUUCCUCCUCCGCAAUCGUCCCCUGGACAUUCUAGAUCUGUGGCCUGGAGCUGGCCUCUGGUCAUCCAAAUUAAACCGUCUUCUCCAGCCGCGAAACCAUGUUCUUCUAGAGCCCGAGCUGGAGCUCUUCCGACCUCUGCUUGAUCCUCUCGCCCAAAGCCACCCCUCCUACAAGCUACUCUCCAUGGACAUUUUCCCCAUCAACGAUUGGAAAACGGUGCUCACGGAGCAUUUCCCAGAACAAGGUCCGGAUAACUGCAGCCAUACCGGGGUAUUACCCCAGAACGACACCCUCCUCGUGCUAGCAAACAUGCCAUCCACCACCUCCGAUAAAGACCACUUCACCGCAGGCCGAUGGCUGCAGAUGUUCAUGGAAACAUGCAUGCAGCAGACGGGACUACACUCCUACGGAAGUGUCCGAUUACUAGCGACCCUCCCAUCAAACGAAGCGCAGGCAGUCCUUCCCCGCUACGUGGUAGAUCGCAGACGGGUGGCGCUAUGGACGGAAAACGUCGCGUUGCAUGCCUUCGAAGUCGCCGCUCCCCCGGAUGAGAAAUUCUGGGUGAACCACAAGGGAUUCAACGUCGCGACAAAAAAUGCCGCUCGCGUUGCGGAGAGAACCGCCGAGAUGAACAUCAGCACCCCCCCAGGCAGAGAAGUCGCGCCUCUGCUCCCAGCCCCGGAGAGCCCCGAUCCUGGCCGAAAGCCCGUGCCCUACACCCCGCGCAUUCGAACCGCCUUACACGACCGAUUCUGGGACGACAUCCAAGCCCUGGAAAAGAUACCGCGGUCCUCCCCAGAAUACGCCGAUGCCAAGAAGAAGCGCAACCGCGCGCAGACCCGUCUCAACCGAGACAACCGACAAUCGUACUUCCUCCAGCAAAUGGUCGACCAGUCUCGAGAGAUCGAUGCACAAUACGAUGCUCUAUCCCGAGCAGCAGCCGAUCCCAACACCGACUCCAGCGAACUCGAACCCAUCCUCGACAAAAUCACCGCCCUCAGAACUGCCAUCACCGACGAAACACAAGAAAACUACCACGACCACCUCCGCCAAUUCCCCCACAUCUACGACAGCUACCGCGCCUCCCUCCGCGGCUACGGCAACUUCGACGACGCCCUCUUAGCCUGGGACCGCCGGCCCUUCGAACCCCUCCAAAUCCAACCCGGCGAAUUCUACCCCCAAGGCAUCGACCGCACAAUCAUCUACUUCGAAGCCAACCCCAACUCCCCCGCCAUCCAAAAAAUCCAUACCCUCGCCCCCUCGGAACGCAGCGACGCCAUGCGUCUCUUCGAAAACCUGACCCUCUCCCUCGGUCGCGGCCGCGAAGCCCUCUCCGCCGCCGAAGUCUUCCAACUAAUCUUCCCCGGCCGCUGCACCAACGAUAUCGUCAAAUCCAUCCCCAGUCUAGCCGAAUACGCCACCAAAACGCCCAAACCCGACUUUGACACGCUCCCAAAGACCGUCCACGGCGAGGGCGAUGCACCAGACCCAACGAUCAGUUUCCAAGAGAACCUAGAUUACGAUCUAAGUGAUGUACGGGUCCAUAUCCUCUCCACAUCUACAAUCUGGGAUAUUUGUAUCGAGUACCAGCGCAGUGGAGUCCCGUUAUCCAGUGUGCAAUUGAAUCGGGUAUUCGGGGGUACUUUGACAUCGUAUAAAAUGGGAGUUCAUCGCGAGCCGGGGAAGAAGAGACUCCAUUGAUCGAUUACUGAUCGAUCGAUCGAUCGAUCGAUUAACUAUGGAUGAAUGGGAUGUGUGUGUAUACUAACGAGAUAUGUAACCUAUAACACUAUAAGUGUAUAACUAGACAGAUAGAUAAAUAGAUAGACUCUUCUCUUGCGAU